UCAGGGACGUUCAUAACACUGAGGUAUACAUUAUCAUGAACCGUUACGUCUCAAUUUCUGAUGUGAACAACAAAAUAACAAAUAUUUGCACGUUAGCUUGCGUUCUACCUGAUUGGUGCUUUUUCUUCGUGACCUGGUAACCAAGUGGAAGUUUACAUACGUUUAAACAAGACAGAAAGGGGAUAUUUCGCUAGCUAGCUAUCCAGCACAAUACGACAAAUAUGUCUUCAAGGACGCUACCCCUGCUUUUUAUUAAUCUCGGUGGAGAAAUGCUCUACAUCUUGGAUCAACGCCUAAGAGCUCAGAAUAUUCCAGCUGACAAAGCCAAGAAAGUUAUGAAUGACAUCAUCACCACCAUGUUCAAUAAAACGUUUUUGGAGGAGCUGUUCAAGCCACAGGAGCUGUACUCCAAGAAGACCCUCAGGACCGUGUUUGACCGACUGGCCCAUGCCUCCAUCAUGAGACUCAACCAGGCCAGCAUGGACAAGCUGUAUGACUUGAUGACCAUGGCCUUCAAGUACCAGGUGCUCCUCUGCCCGCGGGCCAAAGACAUCCUCCUUGUGUCCUUCAACCAUAUGGAUGCCAUCAAGGAUUUUGUGAAGGACACCCCAAGCAUUCUCAGCCAGGUUGACGAGACAUACAGACAGCUCACAGAGAUGUACACACCCUUGUCUAGUGGCGAAUUUCAGCUCAUCCGGCAAACGCUCCUCAUCUUCUUUCAAGACAUGCACAUAAGGGUGUCCAUCUUCCUCAAAGACAAAGUGCAGAAUUCCAACGGACGUUUUGUCCUCCCGAUCUCAGGUCCUGUGCCCCACGGAACACACAUCCCAGGACUUAUCAGAAUGUUCAGCUGCAAUGGCGAAGAGGUGAAGAGACUGCAGUUCCGUAACGGUGGGAACUACACCAGUGUUCUCCGCGAGGGCUCCUUUGAGAUGUUUGGAGAGAGGGUCAUCAAGCUGGGCACUAACAUGUACAGUGUAAGCCGUCCGGUAGAAACACACAUGUCAGGGACAUCCAAAAACUCUGCACAACAAAAGUCGAUCAACACAGCUCCAAACCCCCUGGCCAAAGAGGAGCUGAACAUGUUGGCCAGGUUAAUGGGGGGUAUGGAAGUCCAGAAACCAGGAAAUGCAGACAGUGGCUUCCGAUUCAACCUCUUUGCCACCGAUGAGGAAGAAGAGGAGGCCUUGAUAUCGAGACCAAACGAGUUUUCAUAUGACGUCAUAAAAAUCCAAGCGUCUAAGAACCAUCAAGCCAAUGCAGAGCUGGUCAAGAUCAUGGGGGACUUCACGGAGGAGGCUGGCGAGCUGUGCCCAUUGAGUGCCAGCAGUAAAGGGGAUGACCUUCUGGCCAUGAUGGACGGGCUGUGACAGUUACCGUGGUUACCAGAAUCCGAGGGCAGGGCUCAAGGCUGAGUUGGUUAGGAACGGUGUGUUCUACUGUAGGACAGUGUCUUGUCUGCUCUGCUGUGCUGUGCCGUCUGUCUCACUGCAAAUAUGGCAGCUGUCUAACAAAAGCACACACAACACAAACCUCAUCUUUGUUUGUCUGUCGAGCUUUUCGAUGCUGAUGUGACGUGAGCAGGUCAAUUAAUUUGUUCAGCAAGGACCAACUGUAAACUCUCUGCAAGACUGUGCAUUUUGCAAAAGAGAGAGUUGGGAAACUUCAUAAGCUUGAAUAUACACUCAGUGGCCAGUUUUUUUAGGUACACCCAUCUUGUACCGGGUUGGACCCCUCAGUAGCCAUGAAGUGAUGCACCUGUUUAGCAACAAUGUUUGGAUACGCUCUGGCAUUCAAAUGUUGAUCAACUGGUAUCAAAGGACCUAACUUGUGCCAGGAAAAUAUUCCCCACACCAUUACACCACCACCGCCCUGUACCGUUGACACCAGGCAGGAUGGGGGCAUGGACUCAUGCUGCUUAUGCCAAAUCCUGACUCUGCCAUCAAUAUGACGCAUCAGGAAACGCGAUUCGUCGGACCAGCCAAUGUUUUUCCACUCCUCAGUAGUCCAGUGUUGGUGAUCGCGUGCCCACUGGAGCCGCCGCUUCUUUUUGUUUUCAGCUUAUAGGAGUGGAACCCGGUGUUGUAUGGGCUGCAAUAGCCCAUCCGUGACAAGGAUCGACAAGUUGUGCGUUGUGCACAGAGAUGCCCUUCGCCACGUCACUGUUGUACUGCUCUGUUAUGUCUGUUUGUGGCCCACCUGUUACCUUGAACAAUUCUUGCCAUUCUCCUUUGACCCCUCUCAUCAGCGAGCUGUUUUUCACCCACAGGACUGCUGUUUUUCACCCUCAGGACUGCUGUUUUUAGUUUGUUGCACCAUUCUUGGUAAACCCUAGACACUGUCGCGCAUGAAAUGCCCAGGAGGGCGGACGUUUCUGAGAUCCUGGAUACGACACACCUGGCACCGAUGAUGAUGCCACGCUCAAAGUCGCUUAGGUCACUCGUUUUGCCCAUUCUACCGUUCAAUCGAACAGUACCUCGAUGCCUGUCUGUCUGCUUUAUAUAGCAGGUCACCAGACUCACUGUCUGUAAGAGCGAUCAAUUUUUGUGAACUGGGUGGUGUACCUAAUAACCUGGUUGAUUUGUAUUUUGUGCUUUUAUGGUGGUAAUCUCAUGUUUUUUUUAUUUUUAGUUACAGAUAGUACAGAACUGUUGUAUUUGGUCGCACUGAAACAUCAAAUGGAGUCGUUGGGACAUAUUUGUUCCAAUUCAAUCAAUGGUUUCUGCUCUGCUGAGCCCGCUUCAAUCAAUGUAUUUAAAGUUGACAUUCCGUGAAUGUCACGUUAAACAAUAUUUCUUGUUACUUUUCCUCCCAGAUAAAUAGUAACUUUCUCUUCGGGGCGGCAGGUAGCCUAGUGGUUAGAGUGUUGGGCCAGUAACCGAAAGGUUGCUAGAUCGAAUCCCCGAGCUUACAAGGUAAAACUCUGUCGUUCUGCACCCUGAACAAGACAGUUAACCCUCUGUUCCUAGGCAGUCAUUGUAAAUAAGAAUUUGUUCUUAACUGACUUGCUAGUUAAAUAAAAUAAAAAAAUACAUUUAAUUUAUCACUGCGUGAUGUUAAUAUAAUGCUGUUUUAUCUGUCACAUAUCUGCUGUAAUACAGUAUUUACAAUUUUGAUAAUCUGAUUUACUCUGUCUGACUGAGUAAUUAAAUAAUGAACACGACCUAAACUAGAGGGUGUCAAACUCAAUUCCUGGAGCGCUUUGUGUAUGCGGGUUUUCGCUCCUCUCAUCUAGUUCUCUAGGCUUUAAUUUGACACACAUUGAAAGAAAAAAGAAAAAAAACAGCAAACACACGACCUUCCAGGGAUUUAGUUUGACACCCCUGACCUAAAGAGACUGGUGGAACUGAAAGAAACUCAAGUGCACUUGUCAUUGUAAUUCAAAACCAUGGAUCCCAAAACAUAUUUUGAGAAAGUUCUACUGUACCCUGAUUUUCUUUUUUGGUAUGGGAUAAAUAUAUACAGUAUGUUUAGGGCGACCUUUAGUGUCUUCAAAUAACGGAAGACAAAUUAUUUGUAAAUAUAUUGUAUGUGAAUUUUUGCAAUAUGUCACCCUCAAAUGGGAUGAUAUAGGUUAAUGGAGUAAGUGUGACACAACACUAAUGUAACCACAAUGUAUCGAAACAGCUGAUUCUUUAAUGCAAUAUGACAGAUGGUCCAAGAUGUAUAUUUAUGAAAUUAUUUAUUUAUCAUGAGGUGUACAUGUAUUUUUUUUUUCUGGUGAAAUAUUAAAGAUUCAAAAAAAUA